CAUUCUUUCAUCCGGAAGCAGCCGUGAACGGGUAACGCUAGUUCCGGUAAACAGUAAACAGUGAUGGCAGAGUCCAAGAACAAGAGCUUUUGCAGUGUACCUAGGUGUUCAAACUCAAAACAAAAACAACCGUAUCUUCGUUUCCAUAGUUUUCCGGCUGAUGUUGAGCAGAAGAAAAAAUGGGUGCGUGCGAUUAGGAGAGAUGAGGGGACGAACUUUGUGAUUCGGCGGGGAAGUACCUUUGUGUGUAGCAUGCAUUUCACUGCUGCAGACUACGCAGAAGGAAGCCCGCGACUGAAAGCUGGUGUUGUUCCCACUCGGUUUCAGUGGAACAGUUUUAAUGUUCCCCCUCAAAGGCCGUCAGCAUUUGAGAGAGCAAGCUCCCGGCGUGGAGUACCGUGUCCACUGGAGUCGGAGGCUGUGGAACACCCUAGCAUUUUCGCUAAUGACCAUGACUACGCAGCUCGCCCUCCUGCCGGUGCGUUGGAUGAUGCCCUGCAAUACAUUGAAGAGCUGGAGGACAGGUUGCAGAAAACAUCAAAGGGGUCAUCAAGCAUCCUGAGCAGAUUUUGUGUUUCUGAUGAGACCAUCAGGUACUACACCAGAUUUCCUUCUCAGCAAGUGUUUGAGAUUUUUUGGGAGUCCAUUGCUCCAUCUGCCACACAUCUAAUCUACUGGACAAAGGCCCAAAGAAGGGGAGAAGCAGCAAUCCCAACACCAAGCCCUGCACGGAAGAUCCACCUCCUAGAUGAAUUGUUUAUCUAUUGCCUUCGUGUCGCUGCUGGACUGAAGGAGCAGGUGAUUGCUGACAUCUGUGGAGUAAGCAUAGCUACAGUCAGCAGAAUAAUUAUUACAUGGGCAAAUUACCUGUUUUUUGUGCUGGGUUCAGUACCCAUUUGGAUGUCCAGGCAACAAGUAAUUGACUCCAUGCCAGAAAAAUUUAGACAGUACAGUCCAAAACUGAGAGUCAUACUUGACUGCACAGAAAUUCGCUGCGAGAGCGCCACCUCUCUGACACUUCACUCUGAGACCUUCUCCAACUACAAGAACACAACUACAUUUAAAGGUCUACUUGGCGUAGCGCCAUGCGGUGCAGUGACAUUCAUUUCCAGCCUCUUCACAGGUUCGAUUUCUGACAAAGAGAUCACAAGACAGUCAGGAAUCCUGGAACUGCUGGAACCAGAAGAUGAGAUCAUGGCAGACAAGGGUUUCAUCAUCGAGGAUAUGCUGGCAACUAAAGGUGCAAGACUAAUCAUCCCACCAUUCAAACAUGGAAAACAGUUCAGCAAAAAGGACUGUGAACAAACACAGGCAAUUGCCCGCCUCAGGAUCCUUGUGGAAAGAGUGAUUCGCAGGGUUAAGGAAAACCAUAUUUGGGAUUCUACUGUGCCCCUUAGCCUGGCUGGAAGCAUCAAUCAGAUCUGGCAUAAUUGCUGUUUUAUGGUGAAUUACCAGGGACCAAUGUUCCUUGAUCCAUGAGUGAAUGAUUUGAAGAAUGAACAUACAUACUUGUUCAUAUCCAUUUAAUAUUUUUUAAUCAGUUUCAUGAUGUAACAUGUUUGUCUAUGUAGCUCAAAAAGGUCCUACAUGCAAUUUAAAAAAUCAAAACUAUAAUUAUUUUUGCCCAAAACAAUGACAU